AAUCUCGACGUCUUAUUGCUAACGCGACUACCACCUCGCAACAGGAAAGAAGACAACAAUUCUAAGUUCGAUAGUAAAAAAAGAGGAAACAGAAGAAGAAGAAAGUAAAAGAGAGAAAAGAAAGAAGAGAUAAAUCAAUAAUUUAAUUAAUUAAUUAAAUAAAAAAGAAAAGAAGAAAGAUGGUGCAGAUCGUUGGAAGGUAUCAAUACGUCUCCGCAGAAAAUUUCGAGGAAUAUCUCCAAGCUAUUGGACAAUAUGAAACGGCGAAACCUUUUUUGAAUAGCCAACCGAUCAUCGAAAUCUCUCAAAAUGGUGACCAAUGGUCAGUCGCUAUUGAGAGCAAUGGCAAAACUGCUCUGACAACUUUCAAAUUAGGAGAGGAAUACGAAGAGAACAUGCCAUCUUUUAGUGGUACCCUCAAGAGUAUUACUACUAAAGAUGGUGAUAAAUUUAUAACGGAAACUAAAUUGGCUUCGGGUGUAAAAAGCGUUCGUGUUUAUGAAAUUACGGAUACCGGCAUGACCGUCCAUUUAACGGAGAGCAAUACAGGAGUGAAAGCAACGCGUACAUAUAAGAGACUUUAAAAUGUGUUAUUUCAACAAUUUAGUUUGAAUGAAAUAUAAAAUAACUUUUUAUUAACAUAAUGAAUAAAAUGACUUCGUAAGACUUUUA